UCGAAGACAUCAGUGAAUGUGGAUCCAUUGAGGGUUGUUGAUGGUAAAUUACUUAUGACCUUUCAUAAGUGGUUGCUUGGCACCAUUGGGAAUAAAUAUCCGAGGGAAUGCUUCUCAGGGACACACGAUGCUGCUUGGUUCCUGAAACUGCAUACUCCGAGGACAUGGCUUUCUGACUCUCAUUUAGAUGCAGCAUUCCAUCUCAUGAGGAGGCGUCUAGAAUUUUAUCCUAACAUGUACCCUAAAAAAUGUGUUGUUAUGCCUACAAUUUUUCCCGAAUCAUUGAAGGCUCGGUGGGACGCUUUUCCAGGUUCUGACUACUCUAGAUUUAGUUGGGAUGACAGUAUAUUGGACCUGGUUAGGGGUGAUGCAGUCCAGUUCUUACCGAGUUGGCAGAACAAGGAGUUCAUUUAUUUUGCCCUCUUCUUGAAAGACCAAUUGCAUUGGGUAGCUGUAGAGGCAGACCUGAAUGGGUGGAUGCUCAACAUCUUUGACUCCAGUAUUGGAUCAAUUUCCGAAAACGAUUUGAUCAGCUUGAUGGUUGACUGGUGUACCAUUUUCCCGUCGGUCUUGCGACAGUCCAGUUUAUUUGAGAACCAUGACGUUAUACUCGCGCCUCAGUUGACAGCAUCAGAGAGCCAGGUCAGACCCUUCGAUUGGAAACUCACUCCACGUGAAUUCGUAUCGCAAACAAAAUCCAGGUGAACUUUAUUAAAUAUCACAUAUUAAUUAUUAUUUCUUAAUUACAAAAUUUAUUAAAUUAUUGUUUAUUUUCUAAUGCAGUGGCGAUUGCGGAUGUUACGUAAUUGAGCAUAUUGAACAUAAGCUUCUACAACUACCAUUUGAUAAUGUAACUGACAAUAAUAUGAAACUUUUUAGGCAAAGGUGGUGUGUAGACUUAUUCUACCAAAACUUAUGUUGAACGGUCUUAAUUUUUUUGAAUUGUAUAAUUUUUUUGAUUGCUCUUUUUGUAAUUACUACAUUUUAAUGUGCUUAAUCUUUGCAUCGUACUAUCGUCGAUCACUAUCGUACUCUA